AUGUCUGUAUCAUUAAGUUCUACUUUGGUGCUCGGUGUGGCUUUAGUAGUCGCGUCUCAAAUGUUAUCUGAAACGCGUGCAGCCCAGAUAGGGAGCAUAAACAACACCAGGGAAUCGGAAAUAUUUAAGAACUGUGCUGAACUUUACAAAUACGGCCAAACCAUCAGUGGUGUUUAUACAAUCGACCCAGAUGGUUCAGGUGCCUUUAAUGUCUAUUGUGACCAAACUACCGCUGGUGGAGGAUGGACAGUGAUCCAGAAAAGGGUGGGUGGCACUGUUAAUUUCAACCGCACCUGGGAGGAGUACAAAAAGGGAUUUGGUGAUUUCCUCAUUCACGAAUUUUGGCUGGGAUUGAACAAGAUCCAACGCCUGACGCAAAACAAGACAGAAAACAAACUUCGCGUGGAUCUGGGAGUACAUGCCUGCAAAACUGUUUACGCUGAGUACAAAUGGUUUGGUAUUGAGAAUGAGACAGCUGAUUACAAGUUACGCAUCGGUAAUAUUUCACCUGCAACUGUUCACGAUUCCCUCUCCAUUCAUAAUGGCACGUUAUUUAGUACAUGGGAUAGACAUCCAGCUAAUCAUGAUUGUGCACGGAAAUAUUGGGGAGGAUGGUGGUACCUGUACAUUGAUGGAGUUUGUACUGCUUAUUCAAAUCUUAACAGCAUCUAUCAUCAUCGUGGAAGUUCUUACACAAUUUUCUGGACAAAAUUAACUGCUAAAGCUGCUAAAACCAAUCCCAAAACAUCUGAAAUGAAAAUCAGACCAGCCGACUUUUCCUAAAGCCUUCUCCCUGAGAGACCGAUAAUUUUGUUUCGGGAAGAUUUUUUUUGUCUCAUGAAACGAUUUUUUGUACGAAAUAAUUUACCGGAUCUUCUUACAAUACUCUGUAAUAUUCUUGGGUGGUUUGAUAAAUUUAUCUACGAUUUAUCAGGCAACUUGAUUGAUUUGAUGAGUCUUUUUGUGGAUAUAAAAAGCAGAAUUUUGUUGUUACUUGAACUGAAGUUUGAACCGGUGAACUAAAUAUGUCCUUGCUGUAAAUUUUAGAUCUAAAAAUAACUUCCGA